CUAAACAGACAGGCAUCACGCUGGAACUACGGUAAUCGUUUGGAAGAACAGAUGUGCGACCGUUUGGUAGCGGGCGUCAACAAUCUCAGUCUGCAACGCAAGUUACUGGAGAAGAAGGAUUUAACUUUUGCCGAAGCCCGGAAAAUUUGUGAACAGCAUGAUGACUUGAUGAAGACCACUUCCAGCGAAGCAGUCACAUUAUUCCAACGGCAGAAGACUCCACCGAAUCGACCCUCAACGGCCAAACGUGCACCAAAGCCACAGAAAGAUUCCCCAGUUUUCUUCAACGGUGCAUAUCGUACCGAUCUGACAGGAGUCGCGGUUAGUCUUACAGCAGAAGAUCUGUGGAAUAGAAGCCGGAAAUGCGAAACAGUCUUGGGUAUGGUUCCUAGUUGA